AUGGGCAAACUACGACUGGGUUCGAACUGGAAGGUUCACAGCUUUAACUGGAGCUUACAUCGUACAUUUUUUUACCAAAUACUACACGAUAGAUCUGCGGGAAUAAAAUUUUUAAAGAAAAAGGUUGAUAUAUAUUGUGAACUGGUCAUGGCAGAUGAAGUUUGUAUAAAACAAAAAACUUUUCAGGCACCGAUAUUGGUUUACUGGUACAGAAUUCUCGAACGUGUUCAUGGCAGUUCACUGCUUGUCCCAUUAAAAAGAUUAGUCAUUGAUCAGGUAGUUUUUGCCCCGGUUUUUUUGGCCACAAUUCUUUUCAUGCUUCGAAGUUUCGAGGGAAGUAGACCAAGAGAAUGCUAUCAACAGAUCAAACGAGAUUAUCUACCUAUUUUAGUGUUCAAUCUUGAAUUUUGGCCUCUUUUGCAAUUAUUCAACUUUUAUUUAAUGCCGCUUAAUUUUCGUGUGAUUAUCGUGCAGCUGGGAUCUUUGGUGUGGAACACUUAUUUUUCAUAUCAAACGCAGAGUGAGAAGCGUAGAGCUGCUUUUUGUAAACUGUUGUGUGGAAAUUUUUUGAAAUCGUUCCUUUCAUGUGUUGCACACCGCUCUUAUCCAUCUGAUCAAGAUUUUGAAACUUGA